AUGUUGUAUGAAACCAUUGCAGUCUCCCUUUUUGCUUGUCCUCCGAUGCCCGUGCUACCAGCGGCUUGCAGCAUCAUGUUCGCUGCUCGCAUGUCACGCUCACAGUCAUACUCACACGCUUACUUGUUUAUCCAUUCUUCCCCACAGUUUUCAAAGAAAAGAGAGACUGCUCGCAGUCUAAGAACAUUUAUACCCACCACCAAGGUCAUUGGCCUAAAAUUUGAAAGAAAUGAAAUUUUAAAGGAGUGGGGUGGGAGUUCGUUCCAAAAAGCCUUUCUUGGGAAGGCUGGACAGCCAGCUCCCAAAUUAAAGAGAAUUAACGAAGAGGAAGAAAAUGCCAGCCAGUCAUCUUCUAGACAAAAGUUAUCGUCACAUCCUGUUACAGAGAGCAAUGGACAUGCAGGGAGGAUUAGAGAGAACGAGGAAAGUGGUGACGAGUCUUCUACAAAGCAGUCGGGUAAAGUUGUGACGCCGCCUUCCUCAGCCAAUGGCCAUGUCCCUCAUGAUUCACAAGGGAAACCUGCGAACGGCAGUGGAGUCUUGGCGAGUGACGAGCAAACGAACGAAGAGACUGAGAGAGGUACUGCAGACGGUGCGCCCCGUGUCGAGGAAAACGCUGACGAGCUUGAAAAUACGGCGCCUGAAAAUAGCGGGAGUUCCGCGCAGGAAAAUCAAUCUAGAAAGGAAGAGUCUAUCGAAGACGCAGCACCCUUGCCUAAUGACAAGGCUACUGCUGAGUUGGAACAGCCUGUUGUUAUGAUAAGCGGUGCGGCGGUGGGCGAGGUUGGUGGUCCAAGUGGGUCAGAUGGUAAUGAUGUAAAACCUGAAGCUGUCGAGGGAAAACCGAGUGGAAUGGAGGACGUUUCUCUUGGUGACGAGGCUGGUGUAGGGACUGCUGGGACCGAUCUGGUUCAAAACAAGGUUGCUAGUGAAGCUGUCGAGGGAAAACCGAGUGAAAUAGAGGACGUUUCUGUUGGUGGCGAGCCUGGUGUAGCGGCUGCUAAGAACGACUUGGUGCAAAACAAGGUUGCUAAUGAAGUCAGCUUAUCUGGCGAGACUGAAACGGGUCCUUCGCUUCAUGAGACUAAUACUGCGAGCGCAACUUCUGGCAUCGAUAGUGGCCCAGCUGAGACUGACAUAGCGCAACACAGGGUUGCUAGUGGAGGCAGCAUAUCGGGAGAGAUUGAAAUUGACCCUGUAGUUGAUCAGUCCAAGAGGGCCAGUAUAGCUGCAAGUGAGCAUUCUUCUGCGCCUUCCGACAACGAUGUGAAUUUAUCACGUCAAAAUCGUGGAUCUGUUGAGCUGGAUUCUGUAUCACCCGCUACUCAGGAAGGUGCGCAACCUAUUCAGCCAAGAGAAAUCUCUCAAGAGGAUUCUGCUUCGUUCGCACAAAAAGAGAGCUCAUUUCCUGUCGAAGCUUCAGUAUCUUCUCAACUAGCAGAAGCCUCUAGAAAGGAUUCAGUUGCGCUCGACAGGAAAGACAGUGUUGCUGCAGCCAAUCACGAUUUUGCGGUGAAGAGUGACAGUAUUCACGAACGAAUAUGCACUUUAACGGCGAGUGUUCUAAUAGGUUCUUUAGACGACCCACAGGGUGAACGAACUGUCACUUUACACGGGUCUGUGUAUCGUCUACCCGGCCUGACCACGCCCAAACCCGGCGACAAAAUCGGAUUCGUCACAGGCGACGUCACUUCUACCUCUGUCGACAAUGAAUCGAAUAACAAGGUAGCCACCCUCCGGGGCGAUCUUUUGGCCGUUUCUGGAAACGCGGCGUCGCACGGGCAGAUCGCGACCGCAUCAAUAGAUGUGUUGUCUUGUGCAAACGGGGAAAAGGUAGCUACAAUUACCGCAGACGUUGCUCCGAAUGAUGAUUCGGAUAGCGCGACUGGAGUCAUUUCAGGAGAAGUUCUCGGCGCGUCCGAAAGUGGUUCAUACGAUGAGAAAAUUGGAACUUUAGCGGGCAAGGUUGUCACGUUGACUUUUGACGAAGACACAAUCUCUAUUAACAGCUCAGAUGGAGAAUUUCUGAAACAAAGGCGAGAAAGCUGUUUUAUUUGAAUCAAAUCAAGGCGUACUGUCCAUUUUUUCAGUAGCGGAUCUCGUUUGAAUUAAUCGUGUUUCCUAAUUUUUUUUUCACGCAAACUCGGAACUUUUGAAAACGCUUUCUUUACCUUUUCUUUAUACUAUCAGCAUUUUUUUUUUAUCUUUUUAAAAGAUAUACAUUUAGUGUAAUAAGCUUACGUGAGCUUGCGGUUACAGGGCUUAAUAUUUAUUCACAAUUUAAUGAAAGUGAAACAGUAUUUAAUAUAUUUUUGUUGAAUUAUAAUUUUCGCCAGGCGGAUCAGUCUCGGAGUUAAGAUUAGAAUUGAACUGUAGGGUAGGGCAAAUGUAUUCACACGUUUAAUGUAUAGUGCUCCUAAUAUUUUAGUUAUUAUCCUAACACACUUUUAAAAAGACAUCAGGUAUAAAUUACCCCGAAUGUUCAUAGUUCAAGAAUGGUGCACCAGCUUAGCUAACAAUUGUUCAUAUAAUAUUCCAUCAAUUCAAUAUAAUUCCAUAUUAGAGCGUAAAAUUUCCCUUACUUCUUGGAUUAUGUGUAUGUACAUUUAAUAAAAAAAAGCAACAACAGGCUAUAUGUUUGUCUUCCGUU